UUUUAAGGCUAAAUAUAACUACGCCAGAGUAGUAGUACUGCAAUAGCAGUAGCACAAGUUAGCAGGUGGUUAGCAUCGUGCUAGCAGGCCGCGGAGCCUCGUGUUUUCUUGGUUGCGUAGAGCGGGACAGAGGAGCCUCGACGCGGCUUCGUUCUGGUAACAAACUCACGGUUAAACAAAAAUAAAUUUAAAUUGUUAUUAAGCUUGUGAAACUUAAAUUAACAGCUUCUACACACAGCUUGUGUCUUUAUGUUCACAUAGAGCCUUUUUUAUAUUUGUUUUACACAAGGUAACGGUAGCUAAUCUUAAAUGUAUUUAAAUUAAAUUAGCUAACGCUAACUAGCAUAUUUAUUUAACUGCUCUGACACACAGUUUCAUUUAAUUUGGGGUGAUUCUGAAGUUGUUAUUGUGAAUGCUGCGAUGUCCUAACAUUAAGUUAGAAGUGAGUAACGUUACUGUGAUUUUAGCCUGAAAGCUAAUAUGCAAGAGUUUGCUUUUUCAUGCACAUAAGCAGUGUUUUGCAUGCGAACACGUGGCUGUUAUAUUGUUUUUAUUAAUAAGCGUUAAACACUAAAGCUUUAACAUAAAUAGUUCACUAAAAUAAGAGAGAUGCCACGUUGAAUCAGCAGAAAAGCAGACUGUUGAAAGCGAAACUUAGAAGUUUCACUUGUUUUUUUGAAGUUUCUGCAGGUUAAUCCUCCAUUUAUGUACAUGAAAUUGUGUCAUUGUAUCCUGAAAUGGCGAAGGAGGCUAAAUGUGACGUCUUCUUCAUCAGUUCUGUUUAGUGAAGUCAGAGCUGCAGAGACAAGUCCGGGCAUAUUUCUCUCCUGCACGUGUUCGUGUCGUAAUGUAAACUGCGAACAGCUGACUGACUCAUGCAUGUUAUUCAGCUGUGAACCAGUCAGAGUUUCUGUACAGUCACUCAGACUGAUGCCCAAACAUAUUCACCCGAAAUGAGGGAAAGCAUGAGGUUGAGUCUGGACAUGUGUUCUGAAAAUAUAUAUAUAUAUAUAUAAUUUUUUAUUUUUUUCCAUUACUAUUACUACCAUCCACUGCUCUUGCAGGCUUUCCAGUCAGUCUGCUGUUUUGAAAUGUAUUAAAUAAAUUAAAAACAUAAUUAAAAUGUUUUUUGGGGUGGGACCAAAUUUAAUUAAUUGGGGAAAUGAUGCCUUUAUCAUUGGAUUUUUUCUACUUCUCCAUUCCCCUUAAAGCCAGAGGAGGACAGUCCUUCUGUGGAAACAUACUCGGAUCAGGUCCUGGAUCUAACCCUCUUUGGCCCUGGUUCACACUGGUUAGCCUGGUUAUCUGAUGGUUGACAGCGAUGAGUCAUCCUGGACUAGUACCGGCAUGUCUACAGCUGUGUGAUUAAAUCAGCUGCUACUGUCAAUUCAAACAUGCAGCUCCCUGCUGCUGACUCAGCACUGAGUGGCCCUGAUAGGCCCUCAGAUCGCCUGGCCGCUUGGGCUGGUCUAGUCCUGACAUGUCUGAGCAAGUCUAUAAGAGUCUGCUGCUCUGAUCCAGUCUGACUGCACUUUAUCUCUUCCUCUGCACAGGAUGCACUGCUGAUACUUCUACUCUGUAUAUACCGAAACAAUCAGCGUCACAAUGUCGGCUGAUCAGGAGCUCAACACAGACGACGACAACAAACUGGUGAGACCAAAGGUAGAGUUCCAGACUUUGCUGCGAGAUGCAGGCGCCACGAAAGACGUUUUCACCAUGAAGGAGGUGAUGUUCUACCUCGGUCAGUACAUCAUCCAGAAGCAGCUGUAUGACCAGAAGCAGCAGCACAUCGUCCACUGCUCCCAGGAUGCACUGGGGCGGGUGCUGGGAGUCGACAGCUUCUCUGUUAAAGAGCCACGAGCUCUGUUUGCUAUGAUCACUAAGAACCUGGUGGCCGUGAAGAACCAAGAGUCGCCACCGAGCUCGAGUGAACCUCACAGUGACACCCAGACAGACAGAGUGACGGAGGAGGCAGCUUCAGAAAGUCACUCUUCAUCACCAGACAGGAGAGGAAGGAGGAGGAGGAGGAGGAGCUGCAGGAGCAGUGACCCAGGGCCCUCGGACAGGUUAGAGGGCGAUGAAGAGGAGGAGAAGGAGAAGGAGGAGGAGGAAGAGUCGGGGGAGGAAGAGGGAGGGGAAGGAAGGAAGAGGAGGCGGUCUGACAGCUACUCCCUGACCUUUGACGACAGCCUGUCGUGGUGUGUGAUUGGAGGACUGGCGAGUGUUCGGGACAGACACAGCAGCCAAUCGUCAGACUCGCACAGCACAUCCGGGAGGUCGGAGGUCACAGUUGCAGCCUCGGACUCAGACAGCGACAACUUCAGCGUAGAGUUUGAGGUGGAGUCCGUGGACUCUGACGACUACAAUGAAGACGACGCCUCUCUGUCUGCAGACGACCAGGUGUACGAGGUCACCAUAUUUGAGGCGGAGGACAACGACUCCUUCGAUGAAGACACGGAGAUCACUGAAGCUGACUACUGGCGCUGUGUCAAGUGUGACGAGUUGAACCCACCUCUCCCCAGAAACUGUCUCCGCUGUUGGACACUUCGCCAGGAUUGGCUGUCCGAGGUGUCCGAUAUCACAAAGCCCGCCUCCUCCAGCCCUAAAGCCCUGCCCCCGAAGCCAACCGAUCAAUCGGCAGCCAAAGAAACUCCAGGUUCUGAUGUCGAGGAGAACGAAGGAGUCGACGUCCCGGAUGGAAAAAGAGCCAAAACUCCUCUCUCGUCUCAGUGCCACUCAGACUCCUCCCUCUCUGCUCCGGACUCCUCCCAGGACCUCCUCUCCUCCUCCCAGCCUUCCUCCUCCUCCUCCUCACAGCAGAAGCUCUGGACUCCUGACUCCCAGCCCUCCUCCUCCUCCAUGGACUCCCAGGAGCUUCUCCCGUCCUCCCCCCCCACUCCUCACCCCGUAAUCCCCGAUCUGGACCGCAGCGUGUCGGCGGAGUGGCGGCUGCCGGACUCGUGUCUGGACCCCUGUCUCAUCUGUCAGUCCCGGCCGAAGAACGGCUGCAUCGUCCACGGCCGGACGGGACACCUGAUGUCCUGCUACGUCUGCGCCCGCAAGCUGAAGAAGAGGAACAAGCUGUGUCCCGUCUGCAGGCUGCCCAUCCAGUCGGUCAUCCUCACCUACCUCAGCUGAGACCCCCGGUCUGUCCUCAGCUGAGACCCCCGGUCUGUCCUCAGCUGAGACCCCCGGUCUGUCCUCAGCUGAGACCCCCGGUCUGUCCUCAGCUCCCUACACGUCCCACUGACCCAGAAUUACAUUGAAUAUUUACCAAAUUAAGAAAAGAGUUUAGUUUCUGUCCUCAGGCACAUGUUUGCACUUUCUGUCUCUCUGAGUCUCUCUUUCUAAAAGCCGGUCUGGCUUCUUUAGUUUUCUUUUUUGUCAAAAAAAAACAUGAAAAGACCAAAACCAACUAUUUUAUUUAAUCUCACGAUUCAGUCUUAUUACCUUUAAAUGCCCAGUAUAUGAGAGCCUCAGACGAUGUAUUAAAAUAGUGAGUUUGGUCUGAACAUCAGUCCAAAUCUUAAAUAUAUUCAAUUUAUAGAGAAAUAAAACAUAUUUCAUAUAUUAAAUAUUCAGCAUUUAAGCUUCAAAAGUAAUGGGACUAUUUUCAGAUUAAUUCACAUUGUGUGCGUGUUGGUUUUGGUCUCUUUAAUGAGACAUAAUGACGACUUAUUUUAAACCCAAAGUCAGAUGAUCACUAACGGCUUCAUCUUUGUGUCAUCCGGACUGUUCCUUUAAGUCGUGUCUUAACAUCCGGUAAUGCUGUUUUUAGGUAACGUUUGAUUUUAUGGGUCUAUAAUUAUAUAUAUUAACAUUUCCUGG